AUGGCCGUCUGCCAACCAGGCCAAAAUGGCCGCCAACAGGAAGCCAAGAUGGCCAACAACCGGAAAACAAGAUGCCUGCCAACAGGCCAAGAUGGCCACCAACAGGAAGCCAAGAUGGCCGACUGUCCACCAAGCCAAGAUGGCCGCCAACAGGAAGCCAAGAUGGCCGCCUGCCCACCAAGCCAAGAUGGCUGCCAACAGGAAGCCAAGAUGGCUGCCACUAUCAGGGCAAGACGGCUGACAACAGCAAACCAAGAUGGCAGCCAGCCCACUAAGCCAAAAUGGCCACCAGUAGGAAACCAAGAUGGCCGCCUGACCGCCAUGCCAACAUGGCUGACAACAGGAAGCCAAGAUGGCCACCAACAAGAAACCAAGAUGGCCGCCACCAGGAAACCAAGAUGGCUGCCAGCCCACCAAGCCAAGAUGGCCACCAGUAGGAAACCAAGAUGGCCGCUUGACCGCCAUGCCAAGAUGGCUGCCAACAGGAAGCCAAGAUGGCUGCCAACAGGAAACAAAGACGGCUGCCAUCCCACAAAACCAAGAUGGCUGCCACCUGGAAACCAAGAUGGCUACCCCCAUACAACAAAAACAAGAUGGCUGCUCCCAUACGGCAAGAUGGCAGCCCCCUGCAAACCAAGAUGUCUGCCCCCAUAGGACAAGAACCAGAUGACUGCACCCUCCAAACUAAGAUGGCUGCCCCCAUAGGGCAAGAUGGCAGCCCCCUGCAAACCAAAAUGGCUGUCCCCAUAAAGGAAGAACAAGAUGGCUGCACCUUCCAAACCAAGACGGCUGCCCCCGUAAGGAAACAGCAAGAUGGCUGCACCCUGCAAACCAAGAUGGCUGCCCCCAUAGGGCAAUACCAAGAUGGCUGCCCUCAUAGAGCAAGAUAGCAGCCCUCUGCAAACCAAGAUGGCCGCCCCCAUAGGGCAAGAGCAAGAUGGCUGCACCCUCCAAACCAAGAUGGCUGCUCCCAUAAGGCAAGAACAAGAUGGCUGCACCCUGCAAACCAAGAUGGCUGCCCCCAUAGGGCAAUACCACGAUGGUUGCCCUCAUAGAGCAAGAUAGCAGCCCUCUGCAAACCAAGAUGGCCGCCCCCAUAGGGCAAGACCAAGAUGGCUGCACCCUCCAAA